AUCCAGGGGUCUUUUUCGUGUUUGCGGUACGCGCCAAUGCAGAUUAUUGUCGGCUCCGUUCGUCUACUCUGAACGCUGCUCCAACAUUGAGCAAUGCCGGAGUUGGGGUUUCAGGACCGAUCCUCGUCGAGGGCGGAACUCAGACCUCGCGAUUGUAGCCCGGACUCUGUUAUCUUUACUCUUGAAUCUAACUUCAGUCUGUUCUCCUCUGCUUCUGCCAGUGUCGAUCGCUGCUCCUUUGCAUCUGACGCUAAUGAGCAUGACUCCCUCGCCUCUGAAAUUUCCCUGCAAUUGAGAGUGCGGGAUGGUGAUUUUUCUCCCAUCGAGAAUUGGUGUGGUCCGGAUCCAGAUUCAGAUCCAAACAAACAUGCAGCAAACAAGAAGCAUAGUCGCUUCGUGAGAGAGGAAGAAAAGGCAAAAGUUCAAAAAGAAGACAGCGAUGCUGACGACGUUGAAGACGGUAAUCAACUCUUGGAAUUGGAUUCUGCUAGAAACUCUUUCUCUCUGGCCCUUAAAGAAUGCCAAGAUCGUAGAUCAAGAUCUGAAGCUUUAUUGAAAAAGCCAGACCGGCGAAGGCCUGCUUCUUUAGAUCUGAACAGUGCAAUUGGAUCUUCACCUCGACUGGGAACCAUGAAGAAGAGUUCAGCAUCAACUCGCAGGUCUAACAAUUUCCCUAGUCCUGGAACACCGAAUUAUCGGCAUGCUGGUGUAGUAAUGCAGAAGGGCUGGAGCUCUGAGCGAGUUCCUUUGCAUACCAGUGCUACCAGGAAGCAAGUCAGUGCGGCUCUGUUGCCUUUAAAUAAUGGAAGAACAUUGCCAUCAAAAUGGGAAGAUGCUGAGAGAUGGAUUUUCAGCCCUGUUUCAGGAGAUGGUAGGGGGAGAUGUUCCCUGCCACCACCCCAGAGGAGGCCAAAGUCAAAGAGUGGUCCGCUUGGUCCCCCUGGAUAUGCGUAUCAUUCGCUCUAUUCAUCGGCAGUGCCCAUGCUAGAAGGUGGAAAUGCUGGAAAUUUCAUGGCAGGUUCUCCAGUAACUGCCGGUGUUAUCCGAGCCGAUGGAUUGACAAUCCAUUCUAGUGGUCAUGAUGGAGUACUUCCGACUCGAGCAGAUCCUUGCAUGGCCCGCUCUGCUAGUGUGCAUGGAUGCUCUGAGAUGCAGAAUCAGUCACUUUUGUCUUCCCAAGAGGAAAAGUUCGAUGGCUCUAAUGAUGCGGCCACCAAUGUGUCUCGUGUCGUUUCGAGGAGGGACAUGGCCACCCAGAUGAGUCCAGAGGAUAGUCCAUGCUCCUCUCCCAGUAUGAGGGCUUCUUUCUCUGUCUCCCCCACACCUGUGCUGCCCAUCAUAGAUUUCCAGAGAGCCUCUUCUAAUAUGGAUAUCAGGGAUGUGCAGAUAGAUGAACUUGUCACCAUGACAAGGUGGUCCAACAAGCAUAGAGCCCUAUUCACUGGCAGAGGCUCGGAAUAUGUCGACAACUGGAAAAAGAAAGAAAGAAGUGCCCAGUCUUCAGCUUGGGAUGUUUCUGAAACUGCAAAGGGUGCUUCAAAGGUUAAGAGGGAGGAAGCUAGAAUCACUGCUUGGGAGAACUUGCAGAAGGCAAAAGCUGAGGCAGCAAUAAGGAAACUAGAGAUGAAGUUGGAGAAGAAAAGAUCAUCUUCUAUGGAUAGGAUUAUGAACAAGCUGAAAUCGGCUCAGAAGAAAGCCCAGGAAAUGAGAAGCUCAGUUUCCGACAACCAGGCCCAUCAAGUUGGCAAAAAUAUCCACAGGGCUCUAUCUUUCCGUAGACCAAGCCAGAUGGGCUCUUUGAGUGGAUGCUUCACCUGCCACGCCUUUUGAUGCGUCAUCCUCUACUGUUUAUUCCAUUGUACAUGUGAUGCUGGGUUUCUGAAGAAUUUAAAAGGAUCAUCUGCAUCUGAAAGAAUGUUGUGCUGAAUAGAGCAGUCACUACUCUGACACUCACUUGGUGUUACUGCAGUUUUGAAGUUCAUAACAUCAGCACCUGAUCUGGUAUUCAUCUCCGCUUUCCCAAGAAAUCUAUAAUCUGCAGGUUGUCAAAUCUAGACCAUUGAAUCAAUUAAUUUGUCAUCUGAAUUCAUGACAUCUGAGCAAUCUAGAUACUCUGUUGGAUAUAUCAAUAUGUCUUGAUCUUUUAUGAUGCACAGUUGAAUAUUUAGAUUAUUCACGUGUCAUGAUUUUAGUAGGUAGAUGACGAAUUAUUUGAUUCAAGGCUUGAAUUUAGCGAACUUCAGCUGUGAGUGUCCUGAAGAUCUAAAUCCUCUCCGUGGAAAGCGCUAAUGAAAGGCCAGGUUUCCUCAUCCUUGAGAGUGACUAGUUAAUAAUAUGUAUUUACUCACGUCAAUCUUUAGAAAUAAGCUUCUUUUGUAAACUUCUCUGCCUCCAAUCCUUGAUGACUGUUCGUGGUCAAAUGUAAUCUAGCUACACUAGAAAAUAUUAUGCACGCAGCUCUAUUAUUUAUUCUUUCCUUCAA